AUGUCUUCUUCAACUGCCAAGGUUGUCCCUGAAGCUCUUUCAGGGAAGUUUAAAGGAACAUUCGCCUACAAAACAUUGACUGACCGUCUGCCAGUAAUCAUCACCAAAGCAAUUGAUCUGCUGUGUAGACAGCGAAAGCAAAUUCCAGCUUUAUUGUCUCUCAAUGAGAAAGACUACAAUGAGGCAGAAGAGGAGACUAAGAGUCUCAUUGAGGAGUUGGCUCGACUGAAGUAUGAGCUGCAAACAGACAAGACGAUCAAAGCCCUAGACUCUGACUACUCGGACACCAAGGAAUGGAACGAAAUUUUGAAGCGGGAAGAAAACAGCCAUCCCAAUGAAGAAACGAAUGAGGGAGAUCUUUUUACUUUCGAAANAACAGACAAGACGAUCAAAGCCCUAGAAUCUGACUACUCGGACACCAAGGAAUGGAACGAAAUUUUGAAGCGGGAAGAAAACAAACGAUGCUCCGUUUACUUUCACGUCAAGAAGAUGCCCUGGUUUGUGUCUGAUACCAUGACUAAAGAUUUUCACUGGCUUUUGGAUACAAUGGAAAAGGAGGACACAUUUUCCAACGCUCUGAAGACGAUUAGUAAGAGCUUUAAACAAAAUUUAGCAAGUGGCGCUUGGAUAAUUAAGGAACAUGACUUCUGGACUCUGCCGCACAGUUACGAUCAAAUGCCCACUGUGGCCGCAGACAUGUAUGGCCACUUGUGCAAGUCAGACUUCGUCCUCUUCAAAGGCGAUCUCAACUACCGAAAGCUGGUCGGCGACCUGAACUGGCCGUUCACCACUUCGUUCAAGGACUCACUCCGUCAAUUUCAACCAACGACGGCAGUCUGCUCACUUCGAACUAUCAAGGCGGACGUCGUGGUGGGCAUUAAGGACGAGGCCACACUGGCUCUAGUGCAAUCACUCCCAAAGACGUGGAUGGAGACGGGCGAGUACGCCGUUGUGCAUUUUCUCAGCAACAUAUCCUAG